AUGCUGCAGCGCUUCAUCGAUGAAAUGAUGUCGAGCCUGUUCGUGAUUGACGACGAGCCUCCGGUGGUGGUCAAGUGGCUGUUUGACGUGCUGGACGAGGAGGCCGAGAGGGAGGGUAUCGUCCACCCGGAGAUCCUGCAUGCGUGGAAGGCCAACUGUUUGCCGCUGCGUAUGUGGGCCAACCUGAUCCGGCGCCCGGAGCUGAUAUUCGACCUGGACAAGUCGCCGGCCGUCGAGUCCAGCCUGACUGUGAUAUCUCAGAGCCUUGUGGAGGCGUGUCUGUCCACGCCCCACGCCAUUUCCAAAAACUCGCCGUCGCAUAAACUCGUGUUCGCCAAGGACAUUGCCCGGUGGCAGUGCUCGGUGAGCGAGUAUUUCGAGUCGGUGAGAAGCCGUCCACCGGUCAGUGACCAGGACCUGGGUGUGUUCCUCCAGCAGCUGUCCCGCAGCCAGGCGGCUCAGUUCGACGCCAUCGCCGCCCUCAAGGAGCUCUACGUUUACAUCAACAAGUACAGAGACGCAGUUGUACAUGCGCUUGACGCCACCCCAGCGUGUCAGCAGCUGUUCUUGUCGAGCCGUCUUUCAAACAUAGCCGCCAGCCUGGAGACCCCGAUCUGCUGA